AUGUGUUUGUCUAACAGGCGCUUACAGCUUUUAGAUGGGGAAUAUGAAGUAACUAUGCAGGAAAUGGAAGAAUGUCCAAUAAGCAGGAAAAGAGCAACAUGGGAGACUACUAUUCUUGAUGGGCAGAGGCUGCUGCCAUUCAAAACAUUUUCUCAGGGACCUACGUUGCAGUUCACUCUUUGUUGGACAGGAGAGACCAAUGAUAAAUCUACAGCUCCCAUUGCCAAACCUCUUGCCACUAGAAAUUCAGAGAGUCUCCAUCAGGAAAACAAGCCUGGUUCAGUUAAACCUACUCAAACUAUUGCUGUUAAAGAAUCAUUGACUACAGAUCUACAGACAAGAAAAGAAAAGGAUACUCCAAAUGAAAACCGACAAAAAUUAAGAAUAUUUUAUCAGUUUCUCUAUAACAACAAUACAAGGCAACAAACUGAAGCAAGAGAUGACCUGCAUUGCCCUUGGUGUACUCUGAACUGCCGCAAACUUUAUAGUUUACUCAAGCAUCUUAAACUCUGCCAUAGCAGAUUUAUCUUCAACUAUGUUUAUCAUCCAAAAGGUGCUAGGAUAGAUGUUUCUAUCAAUGAGUGUUAUGAUGGCUCCUAUGCAGGAAAUCCUCAGGAUAUUCAUCGCCAACCUGGAUUUGCUUUUAGUCGCAAUGGACCAGUUAAGAGAACACCUAUCACACACAUUCUUGUGUGCAGGUCAAAACGAACAAAAGCAAGCAUGUCUGAAUUUCUUGAAUCUGAAGAUGGGGAGGUAGAACAGCAAAGAACAUAUAGUAGUGGCCACAAUCGUCUGUAUUUCCAUAGUGAUACCUGCUUACCUCUCCGUCCACAAGAAAUGGAAGUAGAUAGUGAAGAUGAAAAGGAUCCUGAAUGGCUAAGAGAAAAAACCAUUACACAAAUUGAAGAAUUUUCUGAUGUUAAUGAAGGAGAGAAUGAAGUGAUGAAACUCUGGAAUCUCCAUGUCAUGAAGCAUGGGUUUAUUGCUGACAAUCAAAUGAAUCAUGCCUGUAUGCUGUUUGUAGAAAAUUAUGGACAGAAAAUAAUUAAGAAGAAUUUUUGUUGAAACUUCAUGCUUCAUCUAGUCAGCAUGCAUGACUUUAAUCUUAUUAGCAUAAUGUCAAUAGAUAAAGCUGUUACCAAGCUCCGUGAACUGCAGCAAAAAUUAGAAAAGGGGGAAUCUGCUUCCCCUGCAAACGAAGAAAUAAUUGAAGAACAAAAUGGGACAGCAAAUGGUUUUAGUGAAAUUAACUCAAAAGAGAAAGCUUUGGAAACAGAUAGCGUCUCAGGAGUUUCAAAACAGAGCAAAAAACAAAAACUCUGAAAAGAUCUAACCCCAUGUUAUGGACAAACACUGAAAUUACAUUUUAGGGAAUUCAUCCUCUAAGAAGAAUUAUGUUUUUGUUUUUAAUCAUAGGUUCCAAACAGGCAGUGUUAGAUGAAGUAAAUGAUUUCAACAAGGAUAUUUGUAUCAGGGUUCUACUUCACUUCAUUAUGCAGCAUUACAUGUAUAUCACUUUUAUUGACGUCAUUAAAACAUUCUGUACUUUAAGCAUGAAAAGCAAUAUUUCAAAGUAUUUUUAAACUCAACAUUUGCCAUCAAAUAUGUUGAAUUGAUAAUCUAGAAGUUAUUUCAUAUAUAAAUUAGGAUUUUUUUGCAUUUAUGACUGGCUGUUUUUCUACUUUGUAAUUGUGAGACAUUUUCUUGGGGAGGGAAAAUUGGAAUGGUUCCCUUUUUUAGAAAUUGAAGUGGUCUUCAUAUAUCAACUACAGAAAAGGAAAAAAAUAGAAAUUGAAGGAUUUUUAUGAAAUUAUAUUGCAUUACUAUUUGCAGUCAAACUUCGAUCCUUGUUUUUGAAAUCAUUUAUCAAUUUGGAAUGAAAAAUUAUAAUGUAAGAUAUUUACAUUACAUAAGUUCAUUUUACAAUUAAAAAAUAGCACUUCUUCAUCUUAUGCCUGUUUGAGAAGAUACUAAAUUUUCACAUUGUUGACAGUGAAAUGCUAUGUUGGUUUAUAAGAUUACUGACCAUUUGUUUUCAUGUGGAUAAUUUUAGUGCAUUGCUCACCCGGUAUUUUUUUUUUUUUUAACUUGAACAUUUUGCUCGUUUUGGUUUUUCUUUUUUAAUUAGAUAAUCACAUGGAAAAUUAAGCUGUUCGUAUCUUUAAAUUAGGAUUGCAAACCAAGGGAAGAACACAUUUGAGAUUUUAAGAUGUCACUUAUAAGGGGAGAAGUGUUCUUAAAAAGUCAACCAGAAAACUGUUAUGCCUUUUAUUUCUUUGCAAGGAUGUCUUUGUAAUGUGUUUCAUGAAUAGAAUAUCCAAUACAGAUAAGCUGACUUGAAUCAUUUUGAGCAAUUUUGCCCUGUGUUAUGUGUGUUUCACGCACAUAUUUGCAGUUGGAUUUUCUCCAACAGAAAGUGGAUUCACUACUGGCACAUUAACAAGCACCAAUAGGUUUUUAUUCCAACUCCGAGCACUGUGGUUGAGUAACAUCACCUCAAUUUUUUAUUAUCCUUAAAGAUAUUGCAUUUUCAUAUUCUUUAUUUAUAAAGGAUCAAUGCUGCUGUAAAUACAGGUAUUUUUAAUUUUAAAAUUUCAUUCCACCACCAUCAGAUGCAGUUCCCUAUUUUGUUUAAUGAAGGGAUAUAUAAGCUUUCUAAUGGUGUCUUCAGAAAUUUAUAAAAUGUAAAUACUGAUUUGAUUGGUCUUUAAGAUGUGUUUAACUGUGAGGCUAUUUAACGAAUAGUGUGGAUGUGAUUUGUCAUCCAGUAUUAAGUUCUUAGUCAUUGAUUUUUGUGUUUAAAAAAAAUAGGAAAGAGGGAAACUGCAGCUUUCAUUACAGAUUCCUUGAUUGGUAAGCUCUCCAAAUGGUGAGUUCUAGUAAACUCUGAUUUUGCCUCUGGAUAGUAGAUCUCGAGCGUUUAUCUCGGGCUUUAAUUUGCUAAAGCUGUGCACAUAUGUAAAAAAAAAAAAAUAGAUUAUUUUAGGGGAGAUGUAGGUGUAGAAUUAUUGCUUAUGUCAUUUCUUAAGCAGUUAUGCUCUUAAUGCUUAAAAGAAGGCUAGCAUUGUUUGCACAAAAAGUUGGUGAUUCCCUCCCCCAAAUAGUAAUAAAAUUACUUCUGUUGAGUAAACUUUUUAUGUCAUCGUAAAAGCUGAAAAAAUCCCUUUGUUUCUAUUUAUAAGAAAAAAGUGCUUUUCUAUAUGUACCCUUGAUAACAGAUUUUGAAGAAAUCAUGUAAGAUGAUAAAGCAUUUGAAUGGUACAGUAGAUGUAAAAAAAAUUCAGUUUAAAAGAACAUUUGUUUUUACAUUAAAUGUUUAUUUGAAAUCAAA